AUGGCCGUGCCGAUGGUUUUCGUCGGAAAAACGUUCAAUUCGUACAGUGAGUUGACCUCGUUCGUGUCACAAUACGAGUUAUUUCAACGCCAAAAAUUCUGGAAACGGUCAAGUCGCAAAAUCAGUUCAACCCCCAACAUUAAACGGUUCAUUAAUCCGGAAUUGAUUUACUACGAAAUAACGUAUUCGUGCAUCCACGGAGGUGAAAAAUACAAAUCACGGAGUAAGGGUUUGAGGAAAUCGAUUUCGUUUCGGUUCGAAGCGCCCUGUAAUGCCUUCAUUAAGCUGCGAGCGUCCCGAGAGGGCGAUUGUCUAGAAAUAAAAAGCUUCAACGAGGAGCACAAUCAUGACUUUAGCCAGACUCGCUGGAACGUGGCCCAAAUCGAAGCCUUGAUCGACCAGUACAAAAAACACCCAGUUCUGUAUAAUCCCAACCACGAGGAUUACGACAACAAUGAAUUAAAAAAGCACAGUUUAUGCAACAUAGUUGAGGCGUUACAAGCCGUCCGUUCCGGUGUAACUGAAAUCGAAAUCAUCGCCCAGUGGAACAACUUAAUCGCGAAGUACACAAACGAGAAAACGAACGACACGAACGAAGAGUGUCACAGUUGGUACGCCCAAAAACUGGAUUUUUUGGACCAUCAGAUCGACCCUUCGGUCAAAUUCGAAGAAAUCUUCGACAGUGACGGCUCACGUUCGCCGGAAAUACAAAUCAAGGAAGAAAUUCCAGACUCGCCACCGCCGCCAAAACGGCCAAGGGACGACGGGGGGAAGUCCCCGAAAAACGAGUGUGAUAUUUUUGGCGACUUUGUUGGCGCACAGUUGAAGAAAAUCGCAAGUGAUAGUGUACGUCAAGACACAAUUUUGGAAAUUCACCAAUUAUUACACAAGGUUUUAAAAAAUCAAAUGUGAAUAAAUUGUACAAAAUAUAUUAUUUUUUGCUA